CAACUGAUUAAAAUUUUCAUUAGGAAUUCUCGGUAGUGCUUGUGAAAUACAGGGCGAGUCUAAUAACACAAGAUUCUGUUGCCAGGAAGCCUCGAACAAGGACAGUAAUAAAACGCCUGCGAAAAACCCUCGCCAUAAGCUUCGCCGAUAUGGAAAGAACUCAGUUACAAAAGACUGUGGAAAGCCUGAAACAUCAGCUACAAAUAUCGCGGAUUCCAAUGUCGAAAGCUUGUAACGAUUUAAAGGAUUACUGUCAAAAGAACAUCAACUCGGAUCCCCUGAUCACACCAGUGGACAAGAAAGAGAAUCCCUGGGCCGAGAAAUCAAAGUGCUCGAUCAUUUAACACGAACGACAAACCCCAACGAAAUCUUGUACAUAUAAAAUAAAUACAAUCUUAGAAAUGCUUUUGUUGAAUAAUAAUAAUAGACGAAAAACGAGCUGGUUAGUUUAAAAUGUUGGAUAAAUUUUUACCACAAAACUGAGAAGAGACGUUGAAAGCAAGUGGAAAAGUUUCCAGAAAGAUUACGAACGCUGAACAACGAAAUAUGGUUGAAAACGUUUUCCAAAAUCAACACUGGACAUUGCCAGGAGCAAUUUUCUCUCGGUUAAUUUAACUUAAGCGUUAAAUGGGGUUUAUAUCAGUGACAUACAUCGAAAUCUGUAAAUUAUUAAACGUCCUGUUGUUACUAGUUUUGAGUAGUUGAAAAUAAUAAAGAAAAAGCCCCGA